UUCAGUUGCAGCAAUUAAUGUAUAAGACACAGAACUCGUAAAUUCUUAACAUGAAAUUUUUGAUAACACGAAGUAAAUUAUUUAUUAUAUUAUGCAUUUUAUGUCACAUUAUGGCGACAAAUUCAUUGUUACAUAGUCGUUCACGUAAAUCUGAUAAGUUCUCUCUGGAAUACGCUUUAAUUUUUAAGAAACUAUGGACAUUUGACCCUAAUCAUUUGGGCUACGAUGCCUAUAAAGAAACAUUGAAACUGGGGUAUCCAGCAGAAAAGCAUGUUGUUGAAACCAAAGAUAAUUAUUUAAUUACUAUACUUCGUAUUCCACGGGGAAAAAAUCUUACUGAUACAAAUGAAAGUCGUCCAGUUGUCAUACUUUCUCCAGCUUUAUUUUGUACAGCGGCUUGUUACACGGAUAGAGGUCCGGAAACAUCUCUUUCAUAUUUACUCGUUGAUGCUGGAUAUGAUGUGUGGAUCGUUAAUCACAGAGGUACUACUUUCUCUAGAAGUCAUGUGCUUUAUGAUCCUAUAAAGGAUAAACAAUUUUGGGACUUUAGUUGGCAUGAGCUGGGUACUUUGGACUUGACUGCAACCAUAGAUUAUGCAUUGAAUUUGACCGAACAAAAUCAAGCCAGUGUGGUUUCAUUCUCACAAGGUACUACAGCUAUGUUUGUCAUGUUAGCCGAAUUGCCUGAAUACAAUGAAAAAAUUAAAGUUGCCUUUGCACUUGGACCGUCUGCUUUUGUGGAUCAUACGCCAUUAAACAGCCCAAUAAGAAAGUUUUUAGCAAAUUCGGAUCAUCUUGAGAAACUCACCACAAUGUUGAAAAUGUAUGGAGUCUAUCCUCACACUGAGGAAAUUUCUCAACCAAUAAUGAAACUUUGUAAUUUUAAUAGUACCGAUGAACAAUUAGCGGUCUGUAAUUUUGAAUUAGAUAUUGUGGUUGGACAUCCUCAAGAACAAAUUGAUCCGAGAAAUAUUGCUCAAAUUAUUAGCCAUUAUCCUGGAGGAGCCUCAGUUCGGCAAUUGAAACAUUACAAUCAAUUAUUUCAAACAGGUCGAUUUGCAAGGUUUGAUUAUGGUAAACUUCUAAAUAAACGUAUUUAUGGGCAAGAAGAAUCACCAUUAUAUAAUUUAAAAAAUAUUCAAGCCCCAAUAUAUUUAAUGUACGGUGAUGGUGAUGUAUAUGUAAUGCCAGAAGAUGUAAAAAAUUUACAUCGUCAAUUGAAUAAUUCAAAAUUAUUUCUUGUUAAUUAUCCACCAUUUUCACAUUUAGAUUUUCUAUAUGCUAGAGAUGUUAAAGAAUUAGUUUAUGAUUAUAUUAUAGAAAUAUUGAAUAAAUAUUAUUAA